AUGCUUAGAAAUCGUGGAUCAUUUGGUAGAAAUUGCUCUGAGACCAUGAGUUGCAGAUGGGGGACGGAGCUGUGGGACCAGUUUGACAACUUGGAAAAACACACCCACUGGGGCAUUGAGUUUGUGGAGAAGUAUACAAAAUUUGUCAAGGAGAGAUCUGAAAUUGAAAUCAGCUAUGCAAAGCAAAUCAGAAACUUAUCGAAAAAAUAUCAGCCCAAGAAAAACUCAAGAGAGGAAGACGAAUACAAGUACACGUCCUGUCGGGCCUUCCUGAUGACCCUGAACGAGCUGAACGACUAUGCGGGACAACACGAGGUCAUGGCUGAGGAUCUCACCACUCACAUCAUCUGUGAGCUGACGCGAUACAUCCAGGAGUUGAAAGCAGAGAGGAAAUCGCAUUUCCAUGAUGGCCGCAGAGCUCAGCAACACAUUGAGAAUUCUUGGAAACAACUAGAAUCCAGUAAACGGAGAUUUGAGAGAGACUGUAAGGAGGCGGAUAGAGCCCAGCAGUACUUCGACAAGAUUGAUGCUGACAUCAACGUGACUAAAGUGGACGUCGAAAAGGCCAGACAGCAGGCCCAGAUGAAACACCAAGUGGCAGAGGACAGCAAGAAUGAAUACCUCACCUUCCUGCAGAAGUUCAACAAGGAGCAGAAUGCACAUUAUCAUACCCUCAUACCUCACAUCUUUCAGAAGCUACAGGAGAUGGAAGAAAAACGUAUAGAGAGAGUGGGAGAGUCUAUGAAGACUUACGCAGAGGUCGAUCGGAAAGUGCUACCUAUUGUUGGCAAAUGUUUAGAUGGCAUGACCAACGCAGCAGAAUCCAUAGAGCCAAAAAUGGACACCAAGCAUGUGGUGGAAUCCUACAAGUCUGGCUUCGAGCCACCUGGCGACGUAGAGGUUGAGGACUAUAGUCUGUCUAUGAGGCGGACAGUGUCAGAGUCCAGCUAUCUAAACUCGCAAGGGGAGAGCAAGCCCAGCCGCAGCAACAGCAGGGGAAAACUGUGGCCUUUCAUCAAGAGAAACAAGCUUAUGUCUUUGUUAGCUUCCCCACGCCAACCACCCCCCCCCCCCCCUACCUCCCCAUCACCUGGUGCCGUGCACAACGGCCCCCAGUCUCCCCAGCAACCCAGUGAGCCCCUCUCCCACCGCCUCAACGAGUUCAUGACCUCCAAACAUAAAAUGCAAUGCUUAAGGAGUCUGAAGCGUGGGGUAAAUUGUAGUCACCUGCCUCCUGAACAGAGGAGGAAGAAGCUCCAGGCCAAAAUCAAUGACAUCAACAAGGAAAUACAAAAAGAGAUGGAUCAGAGGGAUGCUCUGUCUAAAAUGAAGGACGUGUACAUAAAGAACCCACACAUGGGGGACCCCAACAGUGUGGACCCACGAUUAGAGGAGAUCUGCCAAAAUAUUGACAAGUUACAACUGGAAUCAAGGAAAUAUGAAGCCUGGCUGGUAGAGGUGGAGACCAGGUUAGCAGAGAAGAGUGAACCACACAGACCACCAAGUGGAUUGUACAACUCCCAGACUACUACACCAGUCAACAACAACUGUGCACAUGUCAACCGAGAGAGCCCGGACGGAAGCUACACAGAGGAUCAUAGCACAGAGCAUCACCUCAAAUCUCGGAGCACCGACUUUGAUGACGACUUUGAUUACGAGGACCCACUCCCCACUAUCGGAACCUGCAAAUCACUCUACCCUUUUGAAGGUCAGAACGAAGGCACCAUUUCCAUGACCGAGGGGGAGCUGCUGUAUGUCAUAGAGGAGGAUAAGGGUGACGGGUGGACGCGGGUGCGCAGGAACGAGGACGAAGAGGGAUACGUACCCACAUCUUACAUCAAGGUCUUUUUCGACACAAAUGCCAAAGGUGCUAUGACAUACAUAUAA